AUUUACCCUCUUGUGGAAGUCUAACUUGUUAAGCUAGAUCUAUAUACGUUGUAAUAUGAAAGAGGUUUAUUGUAUACACUUUAUAGUCCCUUAGAAUUCAUCAAAAGGAAUAUAAGAGGAGUGUUCACUUCACUCUUAACCGUUCAUACUUCACCCUUCUCUCCACUAAACCAAAUCCUUGUUCUUCAAGCCAUAUGAUAUAAUGAUGACAACAAAAACUCCAAUAGAAUUUCCUAUCUUGCUUCCACUCCUCUCCAUUCCCCUUUAUAACACUCAAUCUCCUCCUUCUUUUUCUUCUUAUUCCCCUCUUUAAAGCAACCUCACUACACUACUAAUCAUCUCACAUCACUAAACUUUAUCAAAAGUUCACAAAAAUGGUUGAGUUUCACUUCCAAUUCACAACUAUAAUUCCCUUCAUCCUCCUCCUUCUAUUCCUAAACCAUGUUGAAUCACAAUCAUCCAUGCAACCACUUCCUACUAACAUAUCUCAUCAUAAAUGGGAACCUUCUUUUGCAAUCACAGUUGGUGCUAUCUUAUGUCUACUUCUUUUCCUAGGAAUCAUCUUUUUCUACAUCAGAAACUGUGUUGAAUCACACAUCAUAGUCACAACAAGAACCAAUCCUACCACACAAAUUCCAUGUUCAUGUUCACAAGGUAUCAACAAGGAACUUCUCAACACUUUCCCGAUCCUAUUUUACUCAAUAAUCAAGGACCUUAAAACAGGUAAAGGACCAUUGGAAUGUGCUGUUUGUUUAACUGAUUUCAAAGAACAUGAUACCUUAAGAUUAUUACCAAAAUGCAACCAUGUUUUUCACCCUCAAUGCAUUGAUUCAUGGUUAGCUUCACAUGUUACAUGUCCUGUUUGUAGAGCAAAUCUUAACCAAGAUUCUUGUCAAGUUGCAAUGAUCAUCCCAACCCAUUUCAACAAUGAACAAAAUUGUGAGGAAAAUUCUGAAACCACACCAGAAAUCACCCUCACUCAUGAUGAUUCCACAGAUCAAAACCAAAACCAAAACCAAAACCAAAUUGUUGAUGACAUGAACAACAAAAAAGAAAGUAUCAAUUGUGAUGAUGGGUAUGGAUCAAAAUUGAAACUUUUGAGGUCAAAUUCAACAGGACAUUCAUUGGUUGAACAAGUGAAGUGUGUUGAAAGGUACACACUGAUGUUACCAGAGGAUGUGAGGAGGUACAUUUUGGUUAACAAUAGAAAAAGUUUUCAACUUUCUAUGAACAGCAACAUGGUUAAGGGGUCAUGUUGGAGUGACAGGAAGAGUAUCAAUGGUGAUGCAAAGGUGGAAAAUUGGGUUUUCUGUGCACGACAUGGUUGAGGAAUUUCAUCGAACAGUUUCUGUGCAAUGUGCUUUAAACCUCCUGUAAACUUCAAUUACUGCAGAAAAAAAUUCUUCAAGUGAAGAAUGGUGAUGUUUAGGAUGAUUCAAUAAACAAGUUUUUGUUGAACUUUGAUGGAGUUAUGGGAAUUUGGUGUAAGAUGAUGAAAUAGAAGAUUGAAAUGGAAGAAAUUGUUGAUUGAGUCAACUCGUUUGCCUUUCUUCGAUAUUAGAGUUUCUUGCUUAUGCAAUGAGUGAACUCGUUAUUUUUAUUUAUUUUUUAAUGUAUAUUUUUUUUCUUGGAGUUCUUUAUUUUAUUUUAUUGAUUUAUAUGACACCACUACUAAUUAUCAGAAUUAUUUUAUCUAA